AUGUUGUAUGGUCAGAAAAUUGAAUUUAAACACAAUAAAAUGCAUUCCGAACAAGAAGACAAUGACAAGAAUAAAUUGCACAAUGAAAUAUUCUCUUCAGAUGGUUUGGCGUCAAAAGAAAAGUCAAUUCUUUCUAAGAAGAAAUGGUUCCAUUGUGAAAUCUGUGGCAAGACCUUUUCUCGAAACAACGACCUGUUUAAACAUGUUCGGGUUCACACAGGUGAGAAACCAUACCCCUGCGAGAUUUGUGGCAAGAAUUUCUCUGUAAACAGUUCGUUGUUUCGUCACCGACGCAUUCACACUGGAGAGAAACCCUAUUUCUGUGACAUCUGUGGUAAGACGUUCUCGCAAAACAUCCACUUGGUCCGACACAAGAGAAUCCACACUCACGAGAAACCAUACCAAUGUGAAAUCUGUGGCAAAUCCUUCUCAGUUGACAACUCUUUGUCCCGUCACAGACGCAUACACACUGGAGAGAAGCCGUACUUCUGUGAAAUUUGUGAUAAAACUUUCUCACAGAAUGGUCACCUGACACGGCAUAGAAAGAUGCAUGCAGGGGUGAAGUCUUUCAAUUGUAAAGACUGCAGCAAAGUUUUCUCCCGUAAGAGUAGCUUAAUUGAGCACAGAUGGAUUCAUAUCAACAAUAAACCUUACCAAUGCCAAAUCUGUGAUAAGACAUUCUCACACAAAAAUGUUUUAGCAUUCCAUGAACGAAUACACAAUGAAGGUAAACUCUAG